UAGUUUGUUUGGGGGACUGUCCUUUGAUAACCGCCACCGCGGGCUUGGAACUCGCCGAGAGUUCUUCCUUAACAGCAGUCCCUCCUUUUUUAGUCCAAGACUGCAGCUCGAGGCACUCAUCAUUUGGCUGAAAUAAAGACAAGAUUGCCCAGACUUCCGUCGGAGGAAAAAAACAGCAAACCCUAACGGCGGAGGAGAGAGAAUUUUUAGCGGGUUUGGAUACUUACAGAAAAUUAUUUGAAGACUCCUUUUGGAAUCAAAUAGCAUGGAUCCCAGCAGUGACUACCAUUUCCUCAACCAGAUUUUGUGGAGAAGAGUGAAACUCACACUGGUUUCUGGCAUCUUUGAGGGAGUGCUCCAGCAUGUGGAUGCUAACAAGAUUGUUGUCCUGAAGAAAGUGAAGAAUGUGGAGACUGGUCAUAGUGUCCCAGGAGUGAAGAUGUUUUUUGGACAUGAGAUUGUGAAUGUGGAGCUACUGGAUGAAGAAGAACAAGGUGCAGUAAGAGAAAAGGCAUCUUCUAUUAGUCUAAGUACAGAAAGGACCAGGAUGGAUACAGUAGAAGAUGAGGUUCUAAAUACCAGUAAGCCUGCUCCUCCUGCGCCUGCGGCACCAGCCACCUCUCUACUGAAUAACCUCAAGUACAGCCCUUCAGAGGAAGAGGAGGUGACAUACACAGUUAUUGAUCAGUUCCAGCAGAAAUUUGGUGCUGCAAUGCUCCACAUCAAGAAGCAAGUUGUCCUGAGUGUGGCAGCAGAAGGAGCUAAUGUGUGUCGUCACGGGAAACUAUGUUGGCUUCAGGUGGCCACAAAUAGCCGAGUUUACUUAUUUGACAUUUUCCUUCUGGGAAGUCGUGCUUUCAACAAUGGACUUCAAAUGGUAUUAGAAGACAAGAGAAUUCUGAAGGUUAUCCAUGAUUGUCGUUGGCUUUCCGAUUGCCUUUCUCAUCAGUAUGGAAUUUUGCUGAAUAAUGUCUUUGACACCCAGGUAGCAGAUGUCCUUCAAUUUUCCAUGGAAACAGGUGGCUUUCUUCCAAACUGCAUUAGUACUUUACAGGAGAGUUUAAUCAGACACCUUAAAAUAGCCCCUAAAUAUCUCUCCUUUCUAGAAGAGAAACAAAAAUGGAUUCGGGAAAACCCAGAAUUGUGGUUCACACGACCUCUUUCACCCUCUUUGUUGAAAAUUUUGGCCCUGGAAGCUACCUACCUGCUCCCCCUUCGCUUGGUACUACUGGAUGAAAUGAUGUCUGACCUAACUACCCUGGUGGAUGGGUACCUAAACACCUACCGAGAAGGGUCUGCAGACCAGCUGGGAAGCAUGGAGCCUACGUGUAUGGAGCUCCCAGAGGAACUGCUUCAACUCAAGGACUUCCAGAGGCAGCGCAGAGAGAGAGCUGCAAAAGAAUAUAGAGUAAAUGCACAAGGACUCCUAAUAAGGACAGUACUACAGCCAAAGAAGUCUGUGACAGAGACAGCAGGGAAAGAGGGAAAAGUAAGAGGUUUCUUACUUUAUAAAAAUUCUAGGCUUGAUAAAGCUCCAAAUUUUACAUCUCAUGAGGAUGAAAAUUUGCUGAAAGAAGAAUCUAAGAGUAAACAAACCACAACGGAACCUCAACAUCUACCUCCCAUAAAGGAAGAAGUCAGUGAGGAUUCCAGUAACAAACGAAUUUGCCCUGAGUCAGAGGGGUUUAAGGACCAGAGAAUAACUCAAAAAGAAUACCUCAAGAUACCUAAACAAGAGUUUCAGACAAAUUUAUCUUUGAAAGAGGAGAUAGAACAGUUACUGAUGGUGGAAAACAAGGAAGAUCUAAAAUGUACAAAACAAGAUGUUUCAGUGUCUCCUUCUCUUCCUCAGGAAACCAGAGUGUCUCCAAGUGACAUUUUUCAUCCUUUUAGAAAAGCUGUGCUUCCCACACUUCCUCCCUGCCCAGCUUUGGAGAAGACUGAUUCCUGGAUGAAUCCAGAGUCUCCCAAUCUGCCUUAGAGAUCUGCAGUUUGUUCUGGAGGCCAGUAAACGUGAUUUAUUUCCUCUGCCAUCAGGGCCUUCCUCAGUGCUUAAGUUUCUCAUGUUGUAAAUUCAGUUUUGCCUCAGUCACAGCUUCGGGGAAAAUUAUAUCCUCUUGCUUACUCCUAUAUUCCUGGAAUUUGAUUAGGAUGGGAAUGAAUAAGUUGAAUAAUGGAAAAAGUAAGUUUUCUGAUUAUAUCACUGUGGCCAGGCUGAAUUAUUUCUCAUAAUGUGGGUUUAAAGGAUUUGAAGAAGGGAAAAAUUUUGGACUUAGUGUCUGGAAAAAUCAUAUAGAUUCUUCUUUUAAAUUUUUUGUAUUUUUUGGUUUGAAGGGGGUUGGUAAAACUCCUAGCCAUAAGUUAAAAAAACAUUGGUACCUGACAACUUUACCAGUACUUUUUUCCAUUUUAAGAUACUAACUUUUUCAGUUAUACCUCAAUAAAGCUGAAAAAUACUAACUUUAUUUUUAAAUUUUAAAUGUUUGGUCUGUCUUAUGUCAUAGACAAGCGAUAGUUUAUGUUAUUACAGGAAUCAGUAUCCCAGUUUUAAUUUAUUUUCAUUCCAUUUACUUUUACAGAGUUUUGUCCAUUUCCCUAACAGAGCAGGGGCUUCUUUAGAGUAUGUUUAUUAUGUAAACGUGAAGUUUGAUUCCACUCUGUUUGCCUGGAAUUGGUAUGCUUACUUAGGGUGCAAGGAAGGUAGCUUGUACCAAGCCCUUUUUAUAUUGAAUACUUGCAAGUUGCUGACUUUUUUUGUGUAUAAUAACCAAUAA